AACACUGCAGCUAACUUGUCGCUCCUGCUCCUGAACUUUUCAGGUAUGAGUGCUACGUUCACAGUGCUAACGUUCAUGGCGGCGCUGGCGCUGGUCUGUGCGGGCUCGCCGCUCUCACACUCACAGAGGGCCGCGGAGGAGGCGGAGAGGACGGGGCAUCACCUGGGCUCUGCCGCCUCCGACCGCAUAGAGGAAGACCUUCAGCCCCGGACUGCGAGGACAGAGCGCCUGGCAGAGGAUCAGCGCGAAAUCAUCUCCAAACAGAUCCUACAGGCGUUAUCAGAGAUUAUUCAACGUGAGGACUGCAUAUCAGACUAUCAGGGCUGGGUGGAUUUCGGGCGCAGGAGCACAGACUGACGUUAACCCUCACUGUGACAGUGUGCACUACUCUGCAUUUCAUUAAAUGUUCAAUGCACCUGAAACUUGUCUUUUGCUUUGUUUACUGAUGUUUGUUUUAAGUCAUAUGAGGCCAAAUAAAGUGUAUGUUUGCAUCCACAA